AUGUCUACCUCUGGUGUCGCCGUCAACCCCGAUGUACAAUCCACCUUCAUGAGGCUCAGCGAGGGCAGGAAGGAUUUCCGGUACAUCAUCUUCAAGAUCGAGGAGCGCGAAGUCGUCGUUGAAGCCGCCAUUCCGCAAGAAGAGCUGGGAGUUUCUGGGGACGAUUACGAGGAUUGCAGCAAGGCCGCUUUCGAGAAGUUCGUGUCGGAUUUGAGGAGCAAGACAGACGGGUUCACCGAUUGCCGCUACGCCGUGUUUGACUUCAAGUUCACCACAUCGCGAGUCGGAGCCGGGGUUUCCAAGAUGGACAAGAUUGUCUUCAUUCAGCUUUGCCCCGAUGGAGCUCCAAUCAAGAAGAAGAUGGUGUACGCCUCCUCAGCUUCGGCAAUCAAGGCAUCGUUGGGAACCGGCAGGAUUCUUCAAUUCCAGGUCUCUGACGAGAGCGAGCUGAGCCACAAGGAAUUGCUGAGCAAGGGUUCGCCGAUCUCAUCACACACCCCGAUUUAUUCACCACAUCAACAACUGCUUGUGGCUAGUGGUGUGAAAGUGGAUGCCUCUUGUAAAAACGCCUACGAUUCAUUGCACAACAAGCACCAACACUCCUACAUCAUCUUCAGGAUUUCCGAUGAUGACACAUCGAUCAUUGUUGAAAAAGCGGGUGAGAAGAAUGCGCCAUACUCGGAAUUCCUCGAGGAUAUCCGCAAAGCUGUUUCUGGUGGAAAGGAAUGCAGGUAUGCGGCAGUUGAUGUUGAGGUCACAGUUCAACGACAAGGAGCCGAAGGAGCAAGCAAGCUGAGCAAAAUCGUCUUCAUUCAAUAUUGUCCGGACGAGGCUCCCGUUCGGCGUCGUAUGCUCUACGCAUCAUCGGUGCGAGCGUUGAAGGCAGCUCUUGGUUUGGAGUCUCUUAUGCAGGUGCAAGCCUCGGAUCUUUCUGAUCUCGACGAGAAGGUGAUCAAAAGCGAGUUGAUGGCCCACCAAAGGACA